AUGGGCCUUGGGGAAGAGUUACUGGCCAGAAUCACCGCGACCAACGUGGUUCUGGGUCUUGUGGCGUAUGUUUUGCUCAAAUUUGCCUACCAGAUUGUCUAUUAUCACUUUUUCCACCCAUUGUCUGUCUUCCCCGGGCCUUUCUGGGGAGGGGUGACCAGACUUUGGAUUGCAUGGCACAAUCUUCGCGAGACUGAAUUGCCAACCGUGUAUGCUUUGACGAAGGAAUAUGGCCCCGUUGUGCGCAUAACUCCCACGCUUCUCGUCGUCAGCGACCCGACGAAGCUGCCGGACAUCUACCACCGCAAUGCCGACAAAACAGGACACUACAUUACCGGAACCUUUGGUGAGACUGAGUCGCUCUUCAACAUGCGAUCGCAUAAGACGCACGCGGCUUAUCGAAAGCAUGUGGCGGGACCUUACAGUUUUACCAACGUGAAGAAGAUGGAGCCCUUGAUUGACAUUCGCAUCCAACACUGGAUUGACAAGCUCAAUGAGAAAUUCGCUCAGACAGGGGAGAUUUUUGAUUUCUCAUGGUGGGCCGUCUACAUGGCGUACGACAUAAUCAGCGAGAUCGGUUUUGGCGCCCCCUUUGGUUUCGUCGAGCAGGGCCAGGACGUAGGCGGGCUUAUUCAGGGUUUCCACGAUGGUCUGCCCGCAUUCGGUUUCCUCGCUCGUCUGCACCCAUUCACCAGCUGGAUGAAGACCACCUUCAUGAAGAAGUACCUCGUUGCCACCCCCCAGGACGAUUCGGGUAUUGGCGUCCUCAUGCGCUUCCGUGAUCGCCUGAUCGAUCAGCGAUUCCGCGAGCUCGAAGAGAAGAAAGAUAUCGGUCGCAUCGACCUCUUGCAGACCUUCAUCGAAGCGCGCACCGAAGACGGGUCCCCGUUGGACAUCGAAUAUCUCAAGGCCGAAGUGCUGCUAGUGCUGCUUGCGGGGGCUGAUACGACCGGCACCGUCUUCCAGGCCCUGAUGAACUUCCUGCUUACCCAUCCCAGCGCCUACCGUCGAAUGAUGGAGGAGAUUGACACGGCAACAGCCAAGGGAUUGAUCUCCGACUGUGUUCCGCAAUAUGACGAAAUCGUCGACCACCUUCCUUUUUAUGUGGCGUGUGUUCGCGAGACUCUGCGACUCAACCCCCCUGCUCCAAACAUCUUCCCCGCGGGAACGGAGAUCUCAGGCAAUCCGUGGAUCAUGCAGCGAGACAGGAAUAUGUAUGGGGAGGAUGCGGAAGAGUUCAAGCCGGAGCGUUGGCUCGAUGCCGAAAAGGCCAGGCUGUACACCAAGUAUAGCUUCACAUUUGGCUACGGGGCCCGGGUGUGUCUGGGGAGGGAUAUUGCUAUGAUGGAGCUGUACAAAGGGCCAUUGCAGUUCUUCCGCCGAUUCAAUGUCCAGACUGUGAGCGACAAACCACAGGCUCGAUUGGUGAUCAAAGGAGGAGUCGGUUUCUAUCGCGAUCUAUGGCUGACAAUCGAUCGUCGCCUACCAGGAACUGCAUGA